AUGUCAUUCUGUGCCUCUUCUUUGCAAAAGUUUGCUCGGCCUUUGGCUCGUACUGUUUAUAGCGACACUAGAAACAACUUGCUUAUUGGUAAGCACACUAAGGUUAUCAUCCAGGGAUUCACUGGAAAGCAAGGUACCUUCCAUGGAAAGCAGAUGAUUGAAUACAAUACAAACCUCGUAGGAGGAGUUUCACCUAACAAGGCGGGACAAACUCAUCUUGGGCUCCCAGUAUUUGGCUCCGUUGCUGAAGCUAAAGACAGAACUGGCGCUGAUGCUACUGUAAUCUAUGUACCUGCUUCUGGAGCCGCCAAGGCUAUUGAAGAAGCCAUUGAUGCUGAGAUCGGACUCAUUGUUGCUAUCACUGAGGGAGUUCCUCAACAAGACAUGGUUCGCGUUAAGAGCAAACUCCUCAAGCAAAGCAAAUCUCGCCUUCUUGGUCCUAACUGUCCAGGAAUCAUUGCUUCAGAAGAAUGCAAAAUCGGAAUUAUGCCCGGACAUAUCCACAAGAAGGGAAUCGUAGGAGUUGUUUCUCGUUCCGGAACUCUCACUUAUGAAGCUGUACAUCAAACUACCGCUGUAGGACUUGGACAAACCAGAUGUAUUGGUAUCGGAGGAGAUCCAUUCAAUGGAACUGACUUCAUCGAUUGUCUCGAAGUUUUCUUCGCUGACCCAGAAACCAAAGGUAUUAUCCUUAUUGGUGAAAUCGGAGGUAAUGCUGAAGAGCAAGCCGCUGAAUUGAUCAAGAGAUCCAACACCGGAAAGCCCGUUGUUUCCUUCAUCGCCGGAGUAACAGCCCCACCAGGAAGAAGAAUGGGACAUGCUGGAGCCAUUAUUUCAGGAGGAAAAGGUACUGCUGAUGACAAGAUUGAGGCUUUGAAGUCAGCCGGAGUCCACGUCACCGAUUCUCCAGCUAAACUUGGAACUACUAUGGCUCAAGCUUUGCUUAACAGAAUUCAAUAA